CCUUCACAAUGGCAGUUAUGUCACAAUCAUGUCACAAUUAAUGUUUACAUCUGAAAAAAGAUGUAAAAUAAAUAUGAAAUGACGUUUUAUUAACAAAAUUGUUUUUACAAUUAUGUAACAUAAUAAUAGGUAGUAUUUAAAUUUAUAAAAGUGAUGUUAGGGGACAAAAUAAUGGAGUCAGAAACGGAUAUUAGAAAACCCCGGAUGGAAGAUCAUAAUUUACUAAUUCAGGAAUAUGCGGAUAUCGUAGAAUCUUUGAAAGAAGAAUUAGACGUUUGUAAGAACGAACAAAUUGAAUUACGUCGUGAACUUGAGAUACUUCGCACUGAGAGUAAAAAUGCGAGUGAUAUUGCUAGAGAUUGUUUCGUGCGUUGUCAAUCUGAAACGUGCAGUGGAAUUAACACCGAUAAGGAAAUAUUAGAGAAUCUCGAGAAACGUAUUGUCGUUCUACAAAUGGAAAAAGAUUCAAUGUUUCAACUCUGGCAAAUGUCAUUGAAGGCAAUAGACGUCCUUGAGGAGGAACUCAAGACAUUUAAAAAAAACGGUAAAGGUUCCUCAAAAUUUAACGAAGAUCAUGUGAACAGUAUUAAACAAUCAUAUUCCGAUGCCAUUAAUCUCCUCGAGGGUAAAUUAAUUCAAGCCAAAGAGAAUUUUAUGAAACACCAAAUACUCUGGGAAUCGAAUAAGGAAAAAUUUGAGGAAUUAAAAAAGGAUAAAGAAGAACUUCAAAAGAAAAUUAGUCUUCAACAGCAUGAAAUUCUGGAGAAGGAGAGAAUAAAUCAAAAGACUGUCGAAACUUUAAAUUUAGAUCUCAAUAAAAUGAAGAACGAAUGUGAAAAAUUACGACAAAAUAAAAUUGAAUUGGAGAGAAAAUUAAGUGACGCUCAACGUUUUGCAACUAAUGUUCUCGCCAAAGAUUGUGAAGCAAAAAAUAAAGUAUGCGAAGCAAUUGAUUUAGUUGAAUCGGCAGUGAGAGAGAAAGAAAUGUCUUUACAACGGGAAACGCGAAUUUUAGACGAGAAAAUGAAAUUAGAAGUACGUUUAAAUAAUAUUGCAGAGGAAUAUAAAAUUUCUUUGGAAAAAGAAGUGAAUAAAGUGAAAGAAGAAUUCGAUAGGAAUAUCAAAAAGUAUUAUCUAGAAUUAAAAGAAUUAAAAGUUGAAAUGAAACAAAAGGAAACAUUGUUAGAUAGAGCACAAAGAGAAUGUAGAUUGCUCGAGGAGGAAAUAAAUAAAAUGCGUCAAGGUUCCGACGACUAUUUACAUCAAUCAAAUUCAAGAAUUUUAGAUUUAGAACAAAAAUUAAAAGACUCGGAAUAUAAAUUAAAAGACGCUGAAUAUAAAUUAAAUUCAUUUGAUAAAAUUUACAAGAAAAAGAAUGAAAUUCUAGAACAACGAAUUAAUGAAAUACAAAAACAAAAUUUGUCCUCCUCACAUGAUUUAUUUCCAGAAGGAAAAAUUUACCGAGAUUUUGAUAAUCGUUCAAAGUCUGACGAAUCUUUAAAUAGAUAUUUAAACUUAGAAAAACGUUUCGAACGUGUACUCGAUGAGAAGGAGAAUUUGUCAAAAGAAUUGCACACAUUACAAGCGAUGUUCGAUCGAGAAAUGCAAAUUCGUGAACAAGACAAAAGACAAGUGGAGAAUAAAGUCAGUGAUCUACAGGAGGAUCUACGAAAGGCCACCAACACAAAAAACAGCGGAAACGAAAAACGAAUAGAAGAAAUAUCGAAUGUGAACACAGAUUUGCGGUUAAAAAUGCAACAGGAGAAAUUUGAGGAAAAAUCGAAAGAAUUAACACAACUUGUUGAAAUUCAUCAACAACUAAGUAGCAGAUGGAAAAAUGAGGCGAAAACCCUCACGUCGAAAUUUCAAACAAGAUCCAAAGAAUUACGCAGUAAAAUUAAUGCACUACGAAAGGAAAAUGACAAUUUAAAUAAAGAAUUAUUGUCGUGUCGUGAAAAUUUAGCGAGAUAUCGAGUACAAGCAAUUCAUCGAUACGAUCACGGCGAUGAAAAUAGAUGACACCAUUUACAAUUAACUAAUAAAACUGUACAUAUUUCCAUAACAAAAUUAUUAUUUUAUUCUGAAAAUAAAAUUUCGUACAGUUCAAAUUUAAAGUAAAA